CAAAAAUUGUGGACUCAAUACCUGCAGUUACAAGUUGGUUCACAUCAGCAUGGGUCCAUGGAUAUAACUUGUGAGCUCUCAAAUCUAAACAUUGACACAGUCCAAAUUGAAAUUUCAUCUUGCAUUUUAGAAGACACAGUGGUACUUGUUCAUACUGAUGACUGUAGUGAAGUGAAUCUUGGCUAACUGUAUGUAUGUGUACAUGAAUUACAUGCACUUCAUCACAGGCAGUACGUGCUGGAAGCCAAACCCGGUGAUCUGUCACCAUUUUUGUGCCUGUUCCAAGCAUCUGGUCAAUGAAUACCGUACUGGAUAGGCUGACAUAACUAUUUUGUAUACGUGUGAAUAUCUAAUCAGCCAUCAAUAAUUGCUGUGAUUAUGAAUGAACAACCUAUGGCCUUCAAUGGCCUGAUAUGUGCUGUGUACACAUUGCAUGUGAUUCACACCCAGGCGGCAGGUUAAAGGCAGUCUAGACUGAUGUCACUUUCCCUGCAUUAGCUCUACUGUCAACCAUGCCAGCCCUGGUGUUAUUCAAACGACGCUGGCGCAUUGGAAGCGAUGACUUUGUCUUCCCGGGUAUCUGGUCAUUUGGCUUCAGAAUUAUAUGGCUGAUAGCGGUCUUUGUCGUGUACUCGUCCCGUGUGUCCUUGCUGGACUGUCUGGGGAUGGACCUCCUGCAGACUUACCUGAUUGGCCUGAUCACCAUCCUGAUAAUCACCAUACUAGUGGAGUUCAUAAUCGUGUAUGUGAGUGCUCAGGGAUCGAUAUUGAAUUCCACACCGAGGCGCCAUUUACCACUGUUCCUGUACUUGCGAGUCUUUGUAUUCCUGGUGGAGAUUGUCUUCAGCAUUGUGGGUGCCAUCUGGACAUUCCGGGAGUGGGAGUUUGACAAGUCACGCAGCUGUGACCGGGGCGUGGUGCAUCUGGUGCAGGCAGCCGUCAUCACGAGCUGGCUCGUCUUCAUCGCUGUCAUCAUCGCCGUGCUGGUCCUCCUCAAUCCCUGGCACCAUGACGAGGAGGAGGAGAGGAGAGAUCAUGAGGGAGAGCAUACUGUGGAUCCUAACAUCCAGCUCCAGUGGGAACAGAGAUGCAAAAUGCUGUGUUGCUGUGCAGGAAAGGAUGCCAACUCACAGGUGGCCUAUGCAGAGGUAGCAGCCAUCCUCUCCAAAUUUUUCCAUGGUCUGGACAUCGUGCCUUCGGAUAUCGUGGCUGGCCUCAUCCUGAUGCAGCUGGAGCAGGAGCGGCUGAUGCGGGAGGGGGAGCAGCCACGGCUGACCCGCCCCAGCGGACCCUGCCUCCCAGCCCCCUCCAGACCAGCCCUGGAGGAGGUCCCCUUGGCCCUGCACUACCUCCGCUUUGCCAGUAGUGCCUACGGCUGGAAGAUGUUCCUCUACAGCAACCUGUGCUGUGGCACCUGUAAACUCUGUGGUCACUACAGGAAUGGUCAAACAAUGUGCUGUGAAUGUUUCCGUGGAGAUCACGGCACAGAGAGUGACAAUUGCUGUAACUGCAACACAGCUGCCAUCAAGCACGUCACACGGCUGGAUAAAGAGGACAUUGUUUAUAUUAGCUUUCAUAACAGAAUAUAUGAGAUUCCAUUUUUCGUUGCCUUGGAUCAUCAAACUCAGUCUGUAGUGGUAACCAUCAGAGGAUCGUUGUCAUUUAGGGACGCCCUGACAGAUGCCACAGCCGAGUCCAUGAAAUUGGAUGUGGAGGGGGCAGAGAUAUACGCCCACAAGGGCAUCGCGCGGACGGCCAUGUACAUCCGGGACAAGCUGGAGAAAGAGCACAUACUGGAGAAAGCAUUUGAGAGAGCGCCGGAUUACAAACUAGUGAUAGCAGGCCACAGCUUGGGAGCUGGUGCUGGAAGCAUCCUGGCAAUUUUACUAUGCAACACUUGGCCUGGCCUGAAAUGCUAUGCUUUUGCCCCACCCGGUGGGCUUCUCAGUGCGGAGGGUGUAAUCUACACAGCAGAUUUUGUGGUAUCCGUUUUACUUGGGGAAGAUCUUGUGCCAAGGUUAGCCUUGGGUACCCUCGAGGAACUCAAAACCAGUAUGAUCAACAUUGUCAAAAGAACUGACAGACCAAAGUAUCAAACCCUCCUGGGGGGCUGUUGGUGGACACUCUGCGGCUUCCCAGAAACCCUCCCUCACACCUCAGACUCCGGCGACGAUCAUCUGACCGAGGACCCCGAGAGUCGACAGCCCCUCAUCAACAGCCAAUCCGCCCCUAAGCCCCGGCCCAACUACACGGGAGCGACAGCUUCGGGGGAGGGCAGCAAUGGAGGGACGGCCGCCGGGGAUCAGCUGGAUGUGGCAGGGAAUAGGAUCGAGUUGUACCCACCAGGCAGAAUACUGUGGGUGACAGAGGAUAGUAGACCGUCCAGGAGAUCUCUCUGCUACCAACCCUCUUACAAAAUCAAGUGGGCAACGUGCCAGGACUUCCAACACAUCAUAGUCAGUCCAGCCAUGGUAGCCGACCACAUACCGCACAAGCUGAUCCGAGCACUGGAGGAGAUGGACGAAACAUGCUGCGUGGGGCUUGACUCCAAUGACCAUCCGAAGCAACUCUGACCGGCAAAAUAGCAGAUUCGCAUGUGAAAUCAGUGCGUCACCAACAUCGUAAUAAUGUCACAGAAACAUGUUUAUUAUAAUUAUCUUUUGUACGUUCCGUUGCUUCCUUCAGUGUGCAGCAGGGUACUACAAAAGAGAUACUGAUGCACUGCUAAUGUAACACAAAAUAGAUUAACCCUAACCUUCCCCAAUCUGUGGGGAUAGGUCUGGUAGGCCCAGACAGCUGGCUUUUGCAUUGGGUUUG